AUGUUGGGGCAACCUGAAGCUGGAGCCGGUCCGGCUUCUACAACGCUACGUGUUGAGCCUGACCUCGAAUGUCGCCCCACCUCCGGAUUCAGCACAGAAAAAGAAAUCAAGUCAUCUAGACUGAGCAUCCGGGAGAGAUUGCGCCACUUCACAUGGGCGUGGUAUACCCUUACAAUGAGCACCGGUGGGCUGGCGUUGCUCAUCGCCAACCAACCGUACACGUUUCCCGGCCUGCGGUCGAUCGGAAUGGCCGUCUACUUUGUCAACGUCGUCUUCUUCGUGCUGGUCUGUUCGCUAAUGGUGACGCGGUUUGUUCUCCAUCGUUGCUUUCUCAGCUCGCUGAAACACGAGCGCGAGGGACUCUUCUUCCCAACCUUCUGGCUCUCGAUUGCCACGAUCAUCUGCGGUAUGCACAAGUACUUUGGGGAUGGGUCUGGCCAAAGGGAUUCGCCUCUUCUCGUGGCCGAAAGGGUGCUUUUCUGGACCUACUGUGCCUGCACGUUUGCCGUCGCGGUCGUGCAAUACUCGUUUGUCUUCUCCGAACACACAUACCACCUCCAGUCCAUGAUGCCCUCGUGGAUCCUGCCUGCCUUCCCGAUCAUGCUCAGCGGAACCAUCGCCUCGGUAAUAGCGGCCGCGCAACCGACCACGUACUCGCUGUCUAUCAUCACCGCGGGCCUCACCUUCCAAGGUCUGGGUCUCUCGAUCAGCAUCAUGAUGUACGCACACUACAUCGGUCGUCUAAUGCAGUCAGGGCUACCAAACCGCGAGCAUCGUCCGGGAAUGUUCAUCUGCGUAGGACCGCCCGCAUUCACGGCCCUGGCACUGAUAGGGAUGGCGAACGCGCUUCCGGACGACUUCCGCAUCCUGGUCAACGGCGAGAUUGACGCGCAAGUCAUGCAGAUCCUCGCCAUCACAUCAGGAGCAUUCCUCUGGGCGCUGAGUCUGUGGUUUUUCUGCAUUGCCGCCAUCGCCGUCGUCCGGAGUCCGCCAACAUCCUUCCAUUUGAGCUGGUGGGCGAUGGUGUUCCCCAACACGGGCUUCACCAUCGCGACCAUCACGUUGGGCCGGGCCUUCAACUCGCCGGGGAUCUUGGGGGUUGCCUCUGCGAUGUCGGUGGCCAUCGUUCUGAUGUGGAGUUUUGUCCUGGUUAGCCAUUUCCGUGCCGUCCUGACUCAGUCGAUUAUGUAUCCUGGGCGGGACGAAGAUGUGAGCGAGUAG